AUGUUGAUCUCAUCGAUUAAGUCUGCCCAAAUUGUCACAACAUGCUUCGCGUCUCCAAAGUGCCUCCCGGCGACCCCCUCCACCGCCGCCCUCGAAGGCCGCUCCCGCCUCGAAUGCCUGACCUGUCCGUACCAACACAUCCUGACGAAGCAGCUGUUUGAGCGCAAAGAGAUUACGCCGAAGCAGCCGGAUGAUGCACUGGGUGGGGAAGGCGCGUGGGACAACGUUGAUAAGACGAACGUGCAAUGCCCGAACGAGAAGUGCAGGAAUUUCGAGGCGUAUUGGUAUCAGCUUCAGAUUCGAUCUGCGGAUGAGCCUAUGACGGCUUUCUACAAGUGCACGAAGUGUGCGAAAGAGUGGAGAGAGUGA